ACCCCCUCGGGGUACCCCGGCCUUGUGCCGGGCCCCUCGACUUCAGCCAGAAGCCAGAGUCAUCUUAGGCUUCUGGUUCUGAUCAUCUGGACAUCGGGACAGCAGAUAUCAUCUGGUUGCUGUAGCGCAAGGAAGAUGCCGGCGCUUCGGAUGCUACUCCGUGCCCUGGAGGAUUUCAGGGCAGAAUAUACUAAUUUUGAACAAAUUCUUUCCUAUUACGAACUUUUUUACAGGCGGCAUUUCGGAAAGAUGGAAGACCUAGAACAUUUUCUCAGAUCGUAUGCUGCCUGCCAUAAAAACAUAUAUAAGGAUAACAUCGCCAACUACUUGACGAUGAUCAAGUAUCGGAAACAACUGAAAGUGCUGGAGAGGGCUUAUUACCGCCUCUAUAAAAUUCUAUCUCGGUCUCCUAAUGUCCAUGAAAGAAGAAGCAUUAGGAGACAGUACUUCAAGUAUAAAAGACUCCAUAGAACUGUAAGAAGAAAUCUACGGGUCAUCAGAAAAAAGAUAAUGGAAAAGGAAAAGGAGUUGGAAGAAGUUGCUGGGACCAGUAAACUUCAAGAAGAGCCUCUUGCCCCAGAGAAGAACAAAGGGCAGGAGCCUUCUGCUUCAAGGGAGGAGGAGGAAGUGCCGCCUGAAGAAAAUCUGACCCUUGGAAGACGGGUUAAAAAAGCGGUGACAAAUAGAUUGCAGAGAAUAUGGAUUUCCACCAGAAGAUUCAUGAGGCAGGCUUGCUGUCUCCAUCCUCCCCCAGCUCCCUGAUUCCCUUCUUGUCUUCCACACAAGCACA